AUAUUUUUUAGUCCAAAUUGUAGUUUUCCCCCAAAAGUGAUCUAUUGAAAGUAAUAGCACACUCGAUCGAGCUGUGGGCGCUUUUGUCCCAUCAGAUAAAUUUGCGUAGUAGUUGAAAAAGCAAACAAAGACUGAAAAAGCUUAUCUUCUACUUUUUCGAUUCCGGACCCCGAUCAUUGAUCACACCUUUGAGUUUCGGGUCUUUGGAUUUAAUUUAAUUUGUCAUCUGAUGGAUAACAAUAAUUGGAGGCCUGCUCCUGGUGGUGGUGGCGGCGGUGGUGAACCCACGAUGGACGCAGGAGAUUGGAGAUCCCAAUUGCAACCUGAUUCGCGGCAAAGGAUUGUCAACAAGAUAAUGGACACUUUGAAGAGGCAUCUUCCGUUCUCCGGACAGGAGGGACUGCAAGAGCUCAAGAAAAUUGCAGUAAGGUUUGAGGAGAAGAUCUACACUUCUGCCACCAGCCAGCCUGAUUACCUGAGGAAAAUAUCUCUGAAGAUGCUGACAAUGGAGACCAAAUCCCAAAAUUCUAUGGCCAAUUCUCUGCCAUCUAACUCUGGUGGUAGUAGCAAAAAUCCCCCAGAUACAGGAUCCCUUGGCAACCAAGGACAAUCACUUCCUAAUCCAAUGGUUGGUAACCAGGCUCAUGCACGCCAACAGCUAUUGUCUCAAAACAUUCAGAAUAACAUGGCAGCAACUACGGUACAAGGUUCUGCUAGUUUAGCAUCAGCGCUGCCUACUAUUGGUGGUUUACCACCUACUACCAUGCCAAAUGUGGUUGGCCAGAACUCUAAUUUGCAAAACAUUCAGAACGUCUCUGGGAUUUCUCAGAAUUCUGUCGGAAACUCAAUGGGGCAAGGGGUGUCUCCUAAUAUUUUUGCCAAUACUCAGAGGCAGAUGCCAGGUAGGCAACAAGUUGUUCCCCAACAACAGCAAUCUCAAAAUCCACAGCAGCAGUAUGUUUACCAGCACCAGCAGCAGCAGCAGUUACAACAACAGCUUAUGAAGCAGAAAUAUCAGCAGGGCAGUAUCCCAAACACACAGAUUCAAUCUCACUUGCAGCAACAGCAGGCACAACAUCAGCAAAACCAAAUGUUAUCACAAUCCAGUCAAUUGCAACCUUCUCAGCAAUCGGUAAUGCAGCAUUCUGUCAUGCAACCAGCUCCGGUAUCUGGCCUCCAACAGAACCAGCAGUCUUCUGUUCAACAAUCACCUCAAACAAUGCUCCAGCAAAAUUCUCAAGCAGUCCUCAGGCAACAGCAACAGCAACAGCAACAGCAGCCUUCCGUUAUUCAUCAACAGCAAACACCUAUGCAGCAGCAGCCGUCAAUGUUGCCUUCGCAACAGCAGCAACCGUCAAUGUUGCCUUCACAACAGCAGCAGCUGCAACUGAUGGGGCAGCAGCCAAAUUCUACUAUCUUGCAACAGAACCAAAUAGUAGGGCAACAAAACAGCAUCCCUGACAUGCAACAGCAGCAGCAAAGGUUGCUAAGCCAGCAGAAUAGUCUUACUAACCUGCAACAGCAGCAGCAGCAGCAGCAGCUGAUGGGUCAGCAAAACAACAUACCAAAUAUGCAUCAGCAGCAGCAGCAGUUGGGUGCCCAGAGUAAUAUGGGUGCACUACAGCAACGGCAGCAGCAGCAGCAGCAGCAGCAGCAGCAACAAUUGCUUGUGAAUCAAUCUGGUAACUCCAGCAUGCAGACAACUCAACACCCUGUACACAUGCUACAGCAAUCAAAGAUUUCAGUGCAGCAACAAAACCACCAGAGUGUGCCAACCUUGUUGCCAACCCAGGGUCAACAGUCAGAACCACAGCCAUCACAGCAGCAAUUGUUGUCGCAGCUUCAGUCACAGCCUGGACAGUUGCAACAGCAAGGUCUUCAACAACCAAAUCCAUUGCAACGUGAUAUGCAGCAAAGGCUUCAAACAUCAGGUCCCUUACUUCAUUCACAGAAUUUGAUUGAUCAGCAGAAGCAGCUAUUACAACCACAAAGACCCAUUCCAGAAGCAUCAUCAACUUCUUUAGAUUCCACAGCUCAGACAGGAAAUGCAAAUAGUGCGGAUUGGCAAGAGGAGAUUUAUCAAAAGAUUAAAGUCAUGAAGGAGGCUUAUUUACCAGAACUAAAUGAAAUGUUCCAGAAAAUUGCUGGUAAAUUGCAGCAGCAUGAUUCCCUUCCUCAGCAACCAAAAAACGAGCAAUUUGAGAAGCUUAAGAUAUUUAAGACUAUGUUGGAGCGUAUUCUGCAGUUCUUACAAGUUUCCAAAAGCAACAUUUUACCUAAUUUCAAGGAGAAGUUGGGAGCCUACGAAAAGCAAAUAGUUAACUUCCUCAAUUCAAAUAGGCCCCGGAAACCUGGCCCCUCACUGCAGCAAGGGCAACAAAUUCCCCCACCUCAUAUACAAUCCAUGCAGCAAUCCCAGCAAUCCCAAUCCCAAAUUACUCAAGUGCAUCCCAUGCAAGAAAAUCAAAUGAAUCCCCAGCUACAGUCAAUGAACUUGCAGGGUUCUUCUGUUGCAACUCUGCAGCAGAACAAUGUGGCAACUCUGCAGCAUAAUUCCUUGUCUUCUUUAUCAGGGGUUCCGACUACAUCACAGAGCAUGAUCAGUACACUGCAGCCUGGUUCCACUAUUGAUUCAGGUCAGGGCAAUGCUCUUAAUGCAUUGCAGCAGGUUGCUGUCGGUUCUCUACAACAAAAUCCUGUGAAUGCUCAGCAACAGGCAAACAUCAACUCCUUGUCUUCACAUAGUGGGAUGAAUGUACUCCAGCCAAACCUUACGCCUCUUCAGUCGAAUUCCAAUAUGCUUCAACACCAGCAUCUUAAACAACAGGAGCAGCUGAAACAGCAGUUUCAGCAGCGCCAUAUGCAACAACAGAUGAUGCAAAAACAACAGUUACUGCAGCAGCAGCAGCAGCAACAACAGCAGCAGCAGCAACAACAACAACAACAACAACAAUUGCACCAGCAAAAUAAGCAGCAGCAGAAUGCGCAGUUGCAGCCACAUCAAAUGCCUCAGCUUCAUCAAAUGAAUGAUGCGAAUGAUUUGAAGAUGAGACAGCAGAUGGGUGUCAAAACCGGAGUUUUUCAGCAACACCACUCGGCGGGCCAGCGCUCGGGGUAUCACCAUCAGCAGUUGAAAUCUGGUGCUCAAUUUCCUAUCUCUUCUCCACAACUCCUCCAGGCUGCAUCUCCUCAAAUGCCUCAGCAUCCUUCUCCACAAAUCGACCAGCAAAAUCUGCUGACAUCCCUCACAAAAGCUGGAACUCCUUUGCAAUCUACAAGCUCACCUUUCAUUGUCCCAUCUCCGUCAACUCCUAUGGCUCCAUCCCCGAUGCCAGUUGAGUCUGAGAAAGUAAACUCUGGUAUUUCAGCGCUCUCCAAUACUGGAAAUAUUGGACAUCAACAAACUGCUGGUGCAGUAACACCUGGUCAAUCACUUGCCAUUGGCACUCCUGGGAUAUCGGCCUCUCCUUUACUUGCAGAGUUCACUAGUCCGGAUGGGAACCACGGUAAUGCCUCAGCAGUUGUAUCUGGGAAGUCAAGUGUUACAGAACAGCCUCUUGAACGCUUACUUAAAGUGGUAAAGUCAAUGUCACCGGCAACAUUGAGUGCAUCAGUUAGUGAUAUUGACUCUGUUGUCAGUAUGAUGGAUAGGAUAGCAGGAUCAGCGCCUGGUAAUGGAUCUAGAACAGCGGUUGGGGAGGAUUUGGUUGCCAUGACGAAGUGUCGUCUGCAGGCAAGAAAUAUAUCCACUCAAGACACAAACAUCGGAACAAGGAAAAUGAGGCGCUACACAAGUGCAAUGCCCUUGAAUAUUGUAUCCUCUGCUGGCAGCGCAAAUGAUAGUUUUAAGCAUUUAACAUGUUCAGAAGCUUCGGACUUGGAGUCAACUGCAACUUCUAAUAUCAAGAGGCCUAGAUUUGAGGCUAACCCCGCCCUUUUGGAAGAAAUAAGGGAGAUAAAUCAACGUUUGAUUGAUACAGUAGUAUGUGUAAGUGAUGAAGAUGUGGAUCCAAUUUCAGCAGCUGCUAUUACUGCUGAAGGAGGUGAAGGAACCAUUGUCAAGUGCUCUUUCAGUGCUGUUGCACUCAGUCCAAAUUUAAAGUCACAGUAUGCUUCUGCACAAAUGUCACCAAUUCAGCCCUUACGGUUGCUUGUUCCUAUUAGUUACCCAAGUUCCUCCCCAAUCCUGUUGGACAAGUUUCCAAUUGAAGUUAGUAAGGAGUACGAGGAUUUAUCAUCGAAGGCCAAGUCAAGGUUUAGCAUCUCUCUCCGAAACCUUUCACAACCCAUGUCACUUGGGGAGAUUGCAAAGACUUGGGAUGCUUGUGCUCGUGCAGUUAUUUUGGAGUACGCACAACGAAGCGGGGGAGGGAGCUUCAGCUCAAUCUAUGGAACGUGGGAGGAUUGCUUGAGUGCUGCAUGAUCAUCUUUUUAGCAUAUCCUUAUGAAAUUCCAAAAAUUGGGUAGCUGUGUGUAGAAUCAUUGAAGCUGGUGCUGCUACAGUGACCGAACCUCCAUUGUAAGGAUUGGACUCCUGGCAUGCUUAUUCCCUUCAGGAAUAUGCUUUAGAUACUGUAUCAUGGGUGUUGCUUGCUUCGCAGCUAAAAUGUAGGUACUUUAUGUUGUCUGUAACAAGCCCUGUUCUGUGCAGGUUUUCGUCACAUGGUUUGACGAGAGCCUUCCUGUUGUUUUUUAUCUGUGAUCUUGUAAGAACUUUGGGUGCUAUUCAGGGUUUCGGGCAGGGUUUUAACUCUGCUUGGCGAGGAGGCCAUAAGGCUUGGACCAAGAGCUCACCUGGAUGCGACUUAAGUUAUUUAUGUGGACUUUUACCCUUUGUUUUCC